AUGGCUCAAGACGUCGACGUGGUGGUCACUCCUGAGGACUAUAAGUACAGCUUUGAGAGUAUCAAAAUCAUAUGUGGUCCGACUGACGAUUCAGAGAGGUAUGGGUUGCAAGUCCCUGUACAUGUCUAUGCUAGUGGCAACAAACUCGUGGAGAAAACGCUGCCCCCGAUAGUUGACUUCGGGAAGGUCCCUGUAGGGGAGGUGGCCGAGAGGCGCUUUAUACUACGCUGUGAUGUGCCUCUGGAGUUUGACUUUGAGGUUUUGCACUUGCGUCGGCAUCCGGACAUAGCAGUUGUGGUAGACAGGACUAGCAUAACCCCGGAGGUGCCAGCGGAGCUCCGUGUGGAGUAUCGUCCGACUAGCUUCACAACGGCCGUGGCUGAGGUCGAGGUGGUACUGGCUCAGUUCGGAGGGGAACCUACUAGAAGGAUGAAAAAAGUUGUAGAGAUCUUUGUAUUGAUCCAUCCGGGGGAAGCGGAUGGAAAGCUCGCGUGCAAUCGCAAAGAGUGGAUCUGUGGUACAUGUGUGCCUGGAUUGAGGAAAGAUAGAGAGAAAGCUAAGGGCUUGUUUGAAAUAGAGAGGCGGAGGCAACAGGUGCAUGAUGCGUCUAUAGUUAGAAGGGUGGGAAAACUGAUGGAAAAAUCGAAAAAUCGUAAAGUCGCUCGAAAGACAGUUGUCAGGGGAACGACUCAUAGACAGAGAGAGAGGACGGUUGGGGGAAUUUACUUGCCAGAGGUCAACACUGGUGGAAAAUUGACGCAAAAUGAGACGGCGUAUGUGCUGAUGCAGAGGGCGGGAAAGGUGCCGCUGAGGCACUUGAGGAGGUACAUCGAGCAGGUGAAGGGUGGGGAGGUGAAGGAGAGGGAGAGGAAAAGGAGGAAGGAUCGGGCGAUACGGAAGAUGGGGGAAGUUCUGUGGCGUGCGGUAGUGUGCUGGUAUUGGUCCGCUUGGAAGGAUUCGUAUGAUGCUGCGAAGAGUGGGGCUAGGAGGGCGGCCAGGAGGGCUCUUGCUGAGGAGGUGAGAGAGAAGGCAGCGGCGGCGGCUUUGGUCGAUGAUGAUGAUGACAGUGAGGAAGAAGAGAGUGAGGGGGAAGUAGAAGCUGUGGUGGGAGUUGUUGCUGAGGCCACAACGGUGGGCCAAGAGGUUGAUGAUGACUAUGAGAAGGACUCCAGAGUGGUCGAGGUGAGGAGGCUGAUUGAGGAGAGGGGCGUUGGGCCGGUGGUAGAGCCGGAAGAGGAGGAGUCAUCGAGUGAGGAGGAGGAGGGGGAGUACGAGUUGAGUGAGGACGCCAAGUUGUUGAUAGAAAUAGCGGAGCAAUUGGAAAAGGAAAGGAAGGCUGAGGAAGUGGAGGCCUCUGAGGAAAGUGAGGAAGUCAUUGAGGAACCCGUGGUUGAGGUGGAAGGUGAGCAGAAGCAAGAAGAGGAGGAGGAGGUGAUAGUUGACAUCGUGGAAGAGGACAGUGAAGAGGUACAAGUUGCAGUGGAGAGUGGCGAAGCUGUUGAGGAGACCGGUGGACGAACCUACUUGUUCCGGGAGCCGGUUAAGUACGACUUCACGCUGGGAAGAGGCAUGCUCCCCACGUUGGCGUUUGGUGGGGCUCUAUUAGCAGGAAGAACGGCCAGGAGGCCUCGUGUGUUAGAGGACUUUACUAAGUGGCUUUGCAGGGUUAGAGUGUUGGAGGAUACGGUGGAGGAGAAUGUGCUCAGUGAUACGGACAGUGAUGACGAGGAGGAGUCGUGGGAGGUCCCGUUGUGUGGGAGGGACGAAGCUAUGGCGAGCUUUGGAUUGGAGAACUUCAACACUGCAGGGGUUAUCGAGGAAGACUGUGAUGAGAUAGGCCGAGUGCAGCAGGCCAAUAGAGUGAUAAGGAAAGCUUUAAAGCGAAUGGGAGAGGAACUGAAGGUGUACAGUGUUGGGUAG